CGCGCACUUUCUGGUCCAUUUGGAGAUUUGCGAUGGACGAAGUGCAUGCUGCCACCGCCGCGGUGGCCGAGAGGACGCUGUACCUGCAUGAAUUCUACCCGUGCUUGGCGCCACUCUACCCAUUCGCCUUCGAAAACUCAUUCAUGCUGACGUGGGAAGCCCAAUUUUGCCGGUCGACGAUGUACAUGUGCAUGGCGUUGUGUGCUGCGUACGGCUUCUCAUGUUAUGUCGGGAAGAAAUUCAUGCGCUCACGUGAAGCGUUCGAUUUGACUCCAGCAUUGGCGCUGUGGAAUUUGACUUUGUCCGUCUUUAGCGCAUGUGGAGCACUCCGAACAGUGCCCUUUCUAGUGCAUUCUAUCUACCAUCACGGUGUGUAUCAUUCCGUGUGCAGCGACGCGACAUUGCAUUACGGAAAUGGCCCCGUGGGGUUUUGGGUGUCGUUGUUCAUCUUCUCCAAGAUUCCCGAGUUGUUCGACACAUUUUUUGUCGUCAUUCGUAAGAAGCCCCUGCGUUUCCUACAUUGGUACCAUCAUAUCACUGUGUUGCUCUACUGCUGGCAUGCGUACUCUGUGCUUUCAUCCAGUGGCCUUUACUUUGUUGCGAUGAACUACACUGUGCACGCUGUCAUGUACAUGUACUACUUUCUCACUGCGUUGGGAUAUCGUCCUCGUUGGGCGUACGUAGUCACGAUGCUCCAAAUGAGCCAGAUGGUGGUGGGCGUCGCCGUCUGCGUGGCCAAUGUCAUUUUCCUAUCGACAUCGUCGUCUCCUUCGUCGGCAGUGUGCCAUGCCAGUCACUCCAAUCUCCUAUUCGGCGUUGUGAUGUAUGCGAGUUACUUUGCUCUUUUUCUGCACUUUUUCAUUCAACGCUACUCGACGUCCCCCGUCCACGAGCAAUCCAAGAAAGAACAGUAACGUCGCAUCUUUCAUUUACUUCCUUCGGCACAUCAUGCAAGAACUUCCAUUCUACAACUAUUCAAUGUUGAUUGAGUUCAAGUAUGACACCAUCUCUUUGAUCAUGCGCUUGUCGGCUCGUUUUCGGUGUUUGACCAUCAGCUGCAACCGCGACCACGCAGUACGAAUGUCACCCACCAUCGCGGCAUGCGUCUUAGUCUUCGAUACCAAUUGGUGUGCCUUCUGUAAGUCGGCUUUCGCGAGCGGAAUGUUGUUAGUUGCCAUCGCAAGCACGCCUCUACAUGUCGCAACUACCUUAAGCUGCCAUCAAGUCGACGAAUCCAGUUCAACCUCAAGUAGAGUGCGGGAAUGUGGUUUGGCACGGCUUGGGCUAAUGCAUACGUAAGACAGUCGAUGGCAAAUUGAGUCGAGCCCAAUGCAUGCAGGCACUUGGCGCUGUUCAAGCAUAGGUGCAGCCGAAGGUCAGCAAUCUGGGGAGUUUCCACGGGUAAAAUGUGCACUAGGUGCACGGGAACGUUGUCGGCCUCGCUGCCGUUGUCCAGCAUCACGUCUGCAUAGCCCCCGUUCACGUCGCUGACCAUCCCCACGAGCCACUUCUUGCCUUGCUGCACCUACACGACUUUUUCCAACUCUGGGUGCAGGACAAGAAAAAGCGCUGACCUUGACAGGCUGGCCCACUGAAAUCUUGGGUACCGGAGAAUUUGGCGGUCGUGUCGCUUGGUACGAUUCCGACACCGUCAACGUGGACAACCCAAGUCGAUAGAACGCCCGGGCUGCCGUGAAAUUGCCUAGACAAAAAGUGAGUCUUGCACCUACUCAAACGGUCGGUGCAGAACCUUCUCGGAAC